AUGCCUGGCAACGACGCAGAAAAACAAGGUUGGUCCUCACAUGCCUCCUUCAUGGAAAACCUGUUGACGCGCGCUUUUGAAGGCGAGAUUGGUAUGCCUCUGGUGGCAGUUUCCGACGUCAACAUGCCAUCUACCACCACCGCCUUGGUCGGUAGCAAUGGUCAUGGUGUAGAUGAGAAAGCCCUUGUCAGAAAGAUUGACUUCCGCCUUCUGCCAAUGCUCUUCAUUAUCUAUGUUGCCGCGUUUCUUGAUCGGUGAGUCGCGUUUUGGGCCGAUCUGACCUUUGCACCACAUACUGACACGAUAUCCGACAGCGUCAACAUUUCAAAUGCAUUGACUAUGAGCCUUCCUAGCGACCUCAAGCUUCUUGGAGUCCAACCAAAUGUCGCCCUCACUAUCUUCUUCGUCCCUUACAUCCUCUUUGAGAUUCCAUCCAACUUGCUCAUGAAGCGAUUCAAGCCUCAAGUCUGGUGUAAGUGCUCUUUUCUCAAAGCUACAACUGUCACUCUUUCCAAAGCGUUCACAUAAUCGGUUACGCGUCUUUUGGGUUGAUGAUCUUCAACUGUCUCCAAAUUUUCGCGUGACCGACUUCAUCAUGCGAGUCUUUGGGAAUAAUUUUGACUUCGCGUUGAUUUCCCCAGAUCGCUAAAUAUACAGUCGCUUGUACUGUACUGACUCUUCAUAGUGUCUGGUUGUAUCUUGUCAUUUGGCAUCGUCAUGUUGGCUCAAGGUUUCGUUACAUCGUACGGUGGUCUUCUUACAACACGAUUCCUUCUCGGAUUAUUCGAAGCUGGUAUCUUUCCUGGAAGUACGUAUAAUUCCCUUGUUGUUCCGCCCUUUUCAGAAAAUUGAAGUGAUUAUCCCAAAAGCUUGAAGUCAUCGAGAGACUUCAACCCAAACAUUUGGCAUAACGAUUUUCACUAUGCCAAUACCUUUGAAUAACCUUUCUCAUCACUUCCAAAGACCGCACAACAGCUAACCAACUUCCAGGUUUCUAUCUCAUCAGCACCUGGUACAAGCGUGAAGAGUCCCAAAAGCGAUUCACAGUCUACUGGUGCUCGGUCUUGGUAGCCAGUGCCUUUGGCGGUCUCCUCGCAAGUGGAAUCGCAGAAAUGGACGGCAUCCGAGGUCUCCAUAACUGGCGCUGGAUCUUCAUUCUCGAAGGCAUUCUCACCAUACUCGUCGGUGUCGCAGCAUUCUUCUUCGUCGUUGACUUCCCUGAGAAUGCAACUUGGCUGACUGAUGCCGAGCGUAACUUUGUCAUUGCGAGAUCAGGUGUGAGCAAGGGAGAGAAGAUCACCAAGAGUGAUAUCCUGGCCUUUUUCAAGGAUGUCAAGAAUAUUGCUGGUGGUAUCAUGUAUCUUUGUCUUGUGGUUCCGGUUUACUGUAAGUCUUCUCCCACAAUAUCUUUCUUUGAUUUGACUCCCCCUAACGUGGUCUAGCGUUCGCAUACUUCACCCCCACAAUUCUUAAGACAUACGGCUACAACAUCAUUCAAACCCAACUACACACCGUCCCCCCCGUGGCCGCAGCCCUAGUCCUCUGCCUCAUCACCGCCUACCUAUCCGACCGCACCCGCCUCCGCUCCCCCUUCAUCGCCUUCUCCCUCACCCUCCUCAUCUCGGGCCUCGCCAUCCUAAUGACGGUCCACCACCACUUCUCCGCACAAUACGCCGGGAUCUGCUUCGUCGCCAUGGGCAUGUUCUCCGCCGGCGCCCUCAUAGUCUGCUGGUACGUCAUGAAUCUCCACGGCCACGCAGAGCGCGCCAUCGGGACCGCGUGGAUGAUCGGCUUCGGCAAUUCCGGAGGCAUCAUCGCAACGUUUACCUUCCUCAAGAAGGACGCACCACUCUAUCAUACGGGCUACUCGAUUUGUAUGGGUGCUGCUUGUCUUUCUGCUACGGCGGCGAUUGUUUACGGGGUCUUGAUUUAUUUCGAGGGCCGUAAGCGGGAUGUUGCGAAGAUGGGACGGGGGGAGAAGUAUUACUCGUUGUAA